AAUCGAUUGUACAACGACUACUUUGCUGAGUCCGCAGUGUACCCCGACUACAUCUUUCGGCGCAGGUAACACUAUUCUAUGGUGUACGAACGGACGAGAGAUGAACUAGUUCUGAUCCAUCGCCGUGCAGGUUCCGGAUGAAUCGUGAUUUGUACUGCAAGAUUGUGAGGGAGGUGGAGGAACAUGACCCGUGGUUCAAGCAAAGGAGGAACGCUGCCGGAGAGCUUGGGCUGUCACCCUUGCAAAAAGUAACUGCCGCUUUCCGUAUGUUAGCUUACGAUGCUCCUGCAGAUUCUCUCGACGAGUGCCUCCGGCUAGGGGAGAGCACCAUCAUCGAGAGCAUGCGGCGUUUCGUGUGGGCCAUUGUCGAGGUGUUCGGUGACGAGUACCUCCGGGCGCCGACCGAGGAGGACACUGCUCGAUUGCUGGAUAUGAACCAGCGUCGAGGGUUCCCCGGGAUGCUUGGAAGCAUCGAUUGCAUGCACUGGAGGUGGAAGAACUGUCCCACGGCGUGGUCCGGUUCGUUCAGGGGCCAUGUCAAUGCACCGACUAUCAUUCUAGAGGCUAUGGCAUCGCAGGACCUAUGGAUUUGGCAUGCCUUCUUCGGGAUGCCAGGUUCAUUGAACAACAUCAAUGUGGUGCACCGGUCUCAUCUCCUUGACAACCUUGCUAGGGGAGUAGCACCGAAGGUACAAUACACUAUUAAUGGCCACCAUUAUACAAUGGGGUACUAUCUUGCAGACGGGAUCUACCCAGAGUGGGCGACAUUUGUGAAACCCAUACCAUCUCCAGUAGGCCCGAAGCAUCAACACUUCGUGGUGCAGCAGGCGGCUGCAUGA